AUGCCACCCGCGGAAGUCUACGCGAUCACAGUGUCCUCGAGAAUCCCAGAUUUUUGGAUGGAUCAGCCGAGAGUUUGGUUUUACAGAGUGGAAGCAAUUUUGGCUCCACUAAAAUUAAGCGAUGAGAAUAAAUUCGAUCUCGUUAUAUCAAAACUACCUAAAGAAGUUAUUGUGCAGAUAACAGAUUUUUUAGAAAAACCGCCGGACACCGAAAAAUUCAUUAAACUCAAAAAUAAAUUAUUAACAUUAUUCGAAGAUUCAAAAUAUAGACAAAUAGAAAAACUAAUAGGAGAGAUGGAAUUGAGUGACCAGAAACCCUCCCAGCUACUCCAUAGAAUGCGUGAUUUGGCAAGAGAUAAAAUACCGGACGACACUCUGCGAGUUUUGUGGCAAGGUCAUCUGCCACCUACGAUUAAGGCCGUACUGGUGGUGGCAGAAACAAAGGACUUAAAUAACCUGGCGAUGAUUGCGGAUAAUGUUGCGGAAGCCACACGUUCCAGUCAAGUGUCGGAAGUGAUACAGAAGAAGACCAGUCAUGAGGACGUCGAGGUAGCCACACUAACUGCGGAAUUGGCAAAAAUAAACGCGCGUCUUUCGAAUAUCGAACGAUCCCGAUCGAGACAUCGGCGACCCUGGUCAUCGUUACGCAGUUUUCGUGACUCUUCAAGGUCGUUGUCAAAGCGACGUCGUCCCGGUGCACCCGACUGGUUGUGCAGCUACCACUUCAGGUACCGACAGCGUGCUCAUAAGUGCAUUCCGCCGUGCGCGUGGAAGGGAAGCCCCAGCCCCAGUGCAGCAGCUACCCAGCCGGAAAACUAG